AUGAAGGUUCAAUAUCGAGAUGAGUCGCUCGAGUUCGAGGACGUCGCGGAGCAGACGGUCAGCGAUUUGGCUGCGAAAUGCGCCGAGAAGAUCGGCGCCGACGUCGAGCGAGUCUCCCUGUUCUUUCUCCCAAAACCAGGUUUACUGAAACAUCCUUUCGCGGGCCGCAAGUUGAGCGAUUUCCUUACUCCUACCACCCGAAUUAAACUCAUCGGUACUCCCAAUGCUGAGGCCAAGAAAAUGGCCGAUAUGGGCGCCGCCAGUCAGAGACCCAGUCGCCCCAGCAGCUUCAAACCAGUCAAGGCGAACAAAGCACGAGACUGGAAGAAGGUUCAAGAAGAAAGCACGUACACAUUCCAUGCUAUUGAACCAUUGCCAUACCUACCCAAUCCUGAAAAGAGCAGAAGGUUUCUCGAGCGACUUGCGAACGAUCCGGGAAUCAAGGCGUCCAUGCGCAAGCACAAGUUCAGCGUUGGCCUUCUGACAGAGAUGAACCCUGCCGAACAUACCACCCAUGAAUCUAGGACGUUGGGCCUAAACCGAAAUGCAGGCGAGGUCAUCGAGUUGAGGUUACGGACGGACGGAUACGACGGCUACAGAGAUUACAAGGUCAUUCGCAAAACCUUGUGUCAUGAGUUGUCGCACAAUGUCUGGGGUGAACAUGAUCGCAACUUUUGGAAUCUGACGAAAGAGAUCGAACAGGAGGUGGAGCGCAACGAUACAUUACAUGGAGGACACCGUCUCUCUAGCGAGGAGUUCUAUGACCCAAAUGACACGUACGACGAUGCAGAACAUGCAGACCAUGGAGGUUGGACUGGAGGUGACUUCGUCCUGGGAAGGUCCAAGGACGGUGCGAGCGAUGAAGGCUUGAGCAGGCGCGAGAUCAUUGCCCGUGCGGCGAUUUCUAGGCAGCAGAAGGAGAGGGAGGCGAGGGAGCGGCAAGAAACGCCGCCGUCGUCGUGA